GACUGUCUCGCGCAAUGGUCACUCCCCAGUCCACACUGGGUGAUUCCCAUUUAAUAGGCUAAAAAGACUAUUGAUGUUCAGAUGCGAGGAGCUGUAGUUGGGGAUUUGAUAGAGAAUAUCAUGCAAAUGCUUUUCUUUUAAUAACAGAGACAUUCUACCACAGAACCUCUACAGUGCUAUGUGGACGCAUGGAGGCGCUGAUGCACUACCAUGCCCAUGAGAUGCCAAUCUGCAAUUUUAUGGGGGACAACUGUCUCUGGCAGCCAGGGUACUUGUAGAUUGUAAUCAGACAUCUAAAUAUCUAACGCCAUAGGUACAACGUUCAGGUAAUUUAGCUGAUAAUAUAAUAUCGUGACAUUUUUCAGUAGACGGCAACCUUGCAAAACCAGCGAAUCAGCAGUCAGUAGAAAGGCAAGUUAACCGCAAGAUAGCUAACGUUACUGUUAGCUUAGCUUAGCUAGCUAACAUAAACACAAACACAUAUUUGGGGGUUUAACGUAAUGGAUAAAAAUGACACAACAACAUACAGUGUACAACUGUAUAUAUACGACCUGUCAAGAGGAAUGGCUCGCAAUCUCAGCCCAAUCAUGUUAGGAAAACAACUUGAUGGCAUCUGGCACUCAGCCAUUGUGGUUUAUGGAGACGAGUUCUACUUUGGAGGAGUGGGUAUUUCCAGCUGCUCACCGGGGGGAACAAUGCUUGGUUCCCCAGACACUGUGGUGGAAUUGGGAAGCACAGAGGUGACAGAGGAGAUCUUCAUGGACUACCUGUCCUCGCUAGGAGAGAACACCUACAGAGGCGACAAGUAUAGGUUGUUUGAGCACAACUGUAACACCUUCACUAAUGAGGUGGCCCAGUUCUUAACAGGCCGGAAGAUCCCUUCUUACAUCACAGACCUGCCCUCCGAAGUGCUCUCCACACCCUUUGGUCAGAUACUCCGGCCUAUACUGGACUCCAUCCACAUCGCUCCUCCUGGGGGGAACAUCAUCAACGGUCGCCACAGCUAAACUGCCUGAACUGCACACAGUAGUAUUUAGAUAUGUUCUAAUUUACAUUUUCAAAAUGGAGGUGGGUUAUUGACGAAACCGUGGAGGGUGAAUCUCAGUGAGUCUAGUCAGUCACACUGCUUGUGUACUGUGUAUGCUUGGUUUUAGUAUGAUUGUUUUGUAACGCCCCACCAGCAAUGCUCUCGCCUUUUGUAUGUUUAAAAAAAUGUCGAUCCAGUUUUUGUUUACGGACCUUCCUUAUUGCCUCUAAUGGUAUGAUCCUGAUCUGAGGGAAAGUUGCACAACAUUAACUUUCUCACAAAUCUUCCAAUAGCAUCAAUAUGAUUUAUAAGAAGGUUGGCGUGUAUCUCAAGUCAGGGUUUCAGCAUGACUUCCAAUGAUCUACUCCACCUUCCACCAGAUGGUGUGUGCUAUAUACACCUCUAUGCCUUCACCUCUCUCACCUUAGUGUUAAUGAUGCUGAUAGUGUGAUAUGAAGGAUGAAUGCUGAAGUGCACAAAAUCUGCAUUAGUUCUCUGGAUGAAGAAACAGACCAUGCGUAUCUUGUAUGUGUUUGAAGUAAUCUCAGAAAUGUAAUUUAUUAUGAAAAGGUUUGUACAAUUUUGGGGUCAAGUGUGGGAUCAAAUCAUACAUAUUCUUGUAUAAUUUUCAUUGGGCCAGUGGGAGCAAUAACUCUUCACAUAUCUAUACUUAUUAGACUAGGCAUGAAACGUAAAGUCCUCUUAUUAAAUGCACGUAUUCACUGCAAUUCCUAGUACUGGUUAACUAUUGCAUCAUUCAGUAGAACAGUACAGUAAACUAUAUCUUCUGUAAAAGACAGCAUGUCUGGUAUCGCAUCAGACAGGUAAUUACAGCAUAGCAUGUCUCAAAUGCCAUGGUGACACUAUCUCUUCAUAAAAAGAAUGACUCCACCAAUAGGUACUUAUAUGUUUUAGUGAAAGAGACAAGGCCCUUCACCUUGGUAUGUUGCUCACGUAACCACCUUUAACAAUAAACCUGACCAAUGAAAUGUAUUGUACACCUCAUCCUUAUUUGUAGUUUUAUUUAUUUCAGGAUCAGUUGCUGGCUGCUAAAUGUAAUGAUAUAUUUCAGUAGAUAUUUAUGAAUACUAUAUUAGUUAUGUAUGGUUAUAUAUGUAUGGAUGAUAUUGUUUUUGCACAUUGUUUGCUUGUUGCUUUGAAAUUGUAUCUAUAAAUAAAGCCAUUCACUACAAAUGUUA